UUCAAUAUGGCCAGAAGGAGUCUGGCCAAAUGCGAAAGAGACAGAAACUGGAAUAUGAUUUAUAGGUUAUUAUUUACUAUGGAAGAAGCUAGAUAAAUUAUUUUUAAUAAUUAUUGUUUUCUGUCCUGCACAACUUUUGUUGAUAAGUUUGACUCGUUUCCCAAAAACGUGUGCAGUUCCUGUGUCUUAAAACUCUAAGAAAUUUCAAAAUUUAUUGACUCUGCAAAAUAUGUUGAUUCUCUUCUGGAUCAGAUACUGCUUGAUCAUAGCAUGAAGCAUAAUACUAAUACUGAACAUGAAAUUAUAAAACAAGAAUAUUUUCCUUGUGAGGAAGAUGAACUAUCAGUCAAUAAAAACACUUGUGAGUUGAUAGUUAAGACGGAAGAAGAUACACUAGGCUAUGAAGAAAUUGAUUAUAAAAUAGAUAUAAGUAAAUUAGAGGUUGAGUAUCAUGAUGUAGAAGUCAAAUCAGAAGUUGAAUCAGAAAAUAAUCAGGAUUCAAGACCCAAGAAUCCUUUCCUGCAAUCUCCGAAGAAGAAAAAUCUCAAGGUGUACAAAUGUGAAGUUUGUUUUAGAGAUCUAGCAACACCAGCAUUGAAAAAAAGUCACUUCAAUUCGCAUUUUGAUAAAUAUAUUGUUUGCUUCGGUUGCGGGAAAUCAUUUACUAAAAAACAUGAAUACUUGAUCCACUGCAUUCAUCACUAUGUCAAGAAACCAUUACUGAGGUGCAGAACAUGCAGUAAAGUGUUCUCCACCAAGGCGGCUCUGAAGAAGCAUUUAGCUAGAUGCAAACAUGUGCUGAAGCCAGAAGUAACCGAAAAAAAUAUACAAAAUCAUUCAUUUUACUCAAAGAAAUGUCCAGCUAAGCUGGGAAGGUACCACAAGGCUACUAAACUUAUAUCUUGCCCGGUAUGUUCCAAACCUUUCACGACGACUCAAAGGAUGCAGUUCCAUCAGCGCACUCACAGCGCCGAUAACUCGUCUUUCCUCUGCGAAGUAUGUUUGGAAUGUUUCCCAAAUUUCCGAGCUUUGAGGCAGCACAGGUCUAGCCACAUAGGAAACCUAUUCCGAUGCGCAGUUUGCUCAUUUAGCUUCCUAUCAAAGUUGAGUCUCGAGAAGCACUUGAUAACACACAGAGAGAAACCGUUUCGCUGCAAGGUUUGUUCCAAGAACUUUUCUGGCAAAAAGAAUUUGCAGACUCACGAGAGGAUCCAUUCUGCAAACAAGCAGUUUCAGUGCAAGGUGUGUCUGAAAAGGUUCUCGCAGGGAUGUAACCUUCGCGCGCAUCUGAUUUCGCACACUGGGCAGAGGCGGCACCAGUGCUCGGUUUGCUCACACUAUUUCACCACGAAGCAGUCUUUGAGGCGACACGCAGAGACCCAUGACGGAGAAAAGUCUUUCCACUGCUCGAAGUGUUCGAAAAGUUUCUUCUACCAGUUCAAUCUGAACAGGCAUAUGAAAAACCACGCCCCUGCGAAGAAAUGCCAGUUCUGCUCGCGGGUUUUUUCCAUGAACCACCGGCUGAAAGCCCAUGAACGUACGCAUACUGGUGAAAAACCAUUUUCAUGUGAUGUCUGCGGGAGGAGUUUUUCCGAUUCGAGUCAUCUGUGGGGACACAAGAAGACACACACAGGUGAAAAGCAGUUUCAGUGCGAGUUUUGUCUGAAGCGUUACGCGCGAAAGAGAUACAUGAUGGUGCAUCGCAAGACUUGCAAACAGAACCCAUUUAAAGAUUCUUAGUGGAGAAUUUGCAAAGACCAGACAGAUAAAGGUCGGGGAAAUAUCUGCCUAAUGAUGUAUUGUUAGCAAUGAGAAUAUUACAAGUCAUAGCAAAUGGAUAUUAUUCAAAAUGAUCAAAGCAACGUCAGAUCUAUUGAAGACACUUGUCCCACACCUGAAAAAAAAAUACUGUUUCUCGACACAUGUUUUGCUAACAUAGUAAGGUUCAUUUGGAGAUGACUUCUUUAGUUUUUUCUAUAACUUGUGAAAGACCUCAUUAAGUCCUUAGUUUAUUGAUUUUAUAAUUAUACUUUUAAUUGACCUACACUCUUUCACUUUUAUUUUUUUUAGUAGAUAUAACUCCGAAUAAGCAUCUCUGUAUUUGUGACUUGACAUAAAUAUACCAUAGUAUGUAAAAUGGUUAAAUAAAGUACUUUACUCUA